CCCGGCGCACAGCACACGCCCAUCUGGCUGCUUGCCUCUGCGCCCCCGCCACGCACACACCUAUUGUUGCCCCAGCAAAUCCCUGCCGCCACCGCGUCCCCGCCCCAGUCCUUCCUUGCCCCAGCGUAACUGCCCCCUCCCCCGAGUCGUUCCCCGGUUCCCCGGCUGUGCCCCCUCCCAUCUGCUGCAGUCUCCAGGGAAGGCUCUCAUCACCCCUGCGCGGGAUCGAACCCCGCUGGAGUCUUGCGGUCCCCCUUCGCUUCGCCCUGUCUCUCGAGGAAGAAGCCGAGCCUUGAUGCAACGGCUUAGCGUUUCAGAGAGGGCAGGGCUUUUAUUUAUUUAUUUAUUUUGCAUCCGAUCACUUAACGACUGGAACGAGAGCCAGCGGGCUUGUAUUGUGUGGCAGGCUUUGAAAAAGCUGUUCAACCAAGAUCACGGCCAUUGUACUCGAAGGGCUGUGGGGAAGACCUGUCUGCUAAUCAGCUAUACGACCAAUGCCUUCCCCGGAGAAUAUAUCCCCACUGUGUUUGAUAAUUAUUCUGCCAAUGUCAUGGUGGAUGGAAAACCAGUAAAUCUGGGGCUGUGGGACACAGCAGGACAAGAGGACUAUGACAGACUGCGGCCACUUUCCUACCCCCAGACAGAUGUUUUCCUGAUCUGCUUCUCAUUAGUGAGCCCAGCCUCUUUUGAAAAUGUCCGAGCCAAGUGGUACCCAGAGGUCCGGCACCACUGUCCCAACACCCCGAUCAUCUUGGUGGGCACCAAGCUGGACCUGAGGGAUGACAAGGACACCAUUGAGAGACUGCGUGACAAGAAACUGGCCCCCAUCACCUACCCUCAGGGCCUAGCUAUGGCCAGGGAGAUUGGUUCAGUGAAGUAUCUAGAAUGUUCUGCCCUCACACAGCGAGGCCUCAAGACUGUCUUUGACGAAGCCAUCCGCGCUGUGCUCUGUCCCCCCCCAGUGAAGAAGCCUGGCAAGAAGUGCACAGUGUUCUAAGGGCAUCUGAGUUCAGCAUGUUAUGAGUGUCUCUUCCUUGUGUGUGCGAGGAGGGAGCGUUCGCUGAGUGUUCCCGCAGUGGGAGAGGCGGGGCCCUUCAUCAUGUACGAAGUCAGUGUUUUUUAAAUGUCUCUUUGAUUUAACGUCUGUGUCGAUGUAAAAAGGGCCGCAUGGGAGAAAGAGGAGCUCGAUGCUGUCCCACCUCUAGGGCGGAGCAGUGGGAGGGGCACGCUCUCCGUGACUCCAUGCCAGGGGGUAGUGUGUGAAUAGAAAGAGCAGCCCUUUCUACUACUUAAGUUGGUGCUAGAGCACUGUGGUGGGAAGAGAGAACUUUUACCCCACUUGGGGUGGAAAAACAAACGAGACACAGGUUGAAGAAACAGCCAUCGGUGCU